AUGGCUAGCACCUUCUCUAGAAUCCUGACAUCCAAGAAAUCGGCUGGACUCCUGGCCAUGGUCGGAGCUGGGUCCGUAGCAGCUGGAUACCUGAUCAGCAGAGAAAAACUCAGUGCUAGCGCAGAGCAAAGGAGGAGGCUUUACCCACCAAGUGCAGAAUAUCCUGACCUCCGAAAACACAACAACUGUAUGGCAAGCAGCCUAACGCCUGCCAUUUAUGCCAAACUCUGUAACAAGAGCACUCCUAAUGGCUAUACUCUCGACGAAUGCAUCCAGACCGGAGUUGAUAACCCAGGACAUCCCUUCAUUAAGACUGUGGGUAUGGUGGCAGGAGAUGAAGAAUGCUAUGAGGUAUUUUCAGAUAUUUUUGAUCCCGUAAUAAAAGAGAGACAUAAUGGAUAUGACCCAAGAGCCAUGAAGCAUCCCACAGAUUUAGAUGCCAGCAAGAUUAAAGCUGGCCAUUUUGAUGACCGUUAUGUACUGUCAUCUCGUGUUCGCACUGGAAGAAGCAUCAGAGGCUUAAGUUUGCCCCCAGCAUGCACUCGUGCUGAGAGAAGGGAAGUUGAGAAGGUGUCAGUGGAAGCCCUUAAUGGCCUCAAAGGAGACCUUUCUGGACGUUACUACAGACUCAGCGAAAUGACAGAAAAAGAGCAGCAACAAUUAAUAGAUGAUCAUUUCCUCUUUGACAAGCCUGUGUCACCAUUACUGACAGCAGCAGGAAUGGCCCGAGACUGGCCUGAUGCUCGUGGCAUUUGGCACAAUAAUGAAAAGACUUUCCUUAUCUGGAUAAAUGAGGAGGACCACACCAGGGUAAUUUCCAUGGAGAAGGGAGGAAACAUGAAGAGGGUGUUUGAAAGAUUUUGCAAAGGACUGAAAGAGGUUGAAAGGCUUAUCCAGGAGAGAGGUUGGGAAUUCAUGUGGAAUGAGAGGCUGGGAUAUAUCCUGACUUGUCCAUCUAACUUGGGCACUGGCUUGAGAGCUGGCGUUCACAUGAAACUACCUCUGCUGGGCAAGGAUCCUCGCUUCCCCAAGAUUCUAGAAAAUCUUCGUCUUCAGAAGAGAGGAACAGGAGGAGUUGACACGGCUGCUGUUGGUGGCAUAUUUGAUAUCUCGAACUUGGACCGGUUGGGGAAAUCCGAGGUGGAGCUGGUGCAGCUGGUCAUCGAUGGAGUGAACUAUCUGGUUGACUGCGAAAAGAGACUAGAGAGGGGACAAGACAUCCGUAUCCCAGCACCAGUGGCUCAGUUCAAGCACUAA